CACCAUAAACAAACCCCCAUUGCACGGUCCAAAUUUCCAAAAAAAAAAAAAAAGAAGCUAGUGAUCAUGGGCAACUCUCUCUUCUUCACUCUCCUCGCCAUCUCCGCCGUCCUCCUCGCCGCCAUCCCUUCCCCGGCCGCCGGAGACGGCCACGUCUUCGGGAAAUCGAUCCCGCGGAAAUCCCUAGGCCUGAAGAAGGAAAAGCUCAGCCACUUCCGUUUCUACUGGCACGACGUCCAGAGCGGCCGGAACCCGACCUCCGUCAUGGUCAUCCCGCCGCCGGGAAACUCCACCACCGGGUUCGGCUCCGCGAACAUGAUCGACAACCCGUUGACCCUCCGGCCGGAGUUGACCUCCGAGUGCGUCGGGAGGGCUCAGGGGAUGUACGCGUCGGCGUCCAAGGAGGGGAUCGGUCUGCUGAUGGUCAUGAACUUCGCGUUCAUCGAAGGGAAGUAUAACGGGAGCACCCUCACGGUGGUCGGCCGGAAUUCGGUGUUCGACGAGGUGCGGGAGAUGUCGGUGAUCGGCGGCAGUGGACUUUUCCGGUUCGCUCGGGGUUACGUUCUGGCAAAGACGCACUGGUUGGAUCUGCAAACCGGUGAUGCCACGGUUGAAUACAAUGCAUAUGUUUUGCAUUAUUGAGAUUUAUUAUCAUUUGGGGACCACUUUCUCCCAUUUUUGUUAUUGACUUAUUAGUAAUUGUAGAGUCAUAAAUAAACAGUUCACAGAAUUCAUAAACUUAUUUUUUUCUAAAAAUAAGAUUCACUCAAAUAAUAAAAGAUAUUUUAAUUUAAAAUCUAUAAAAGACAAGUUUGUAAAAUUUGUGAACUAUUUAUUUGUGACUCUAGCAUUAUUGGUAGUAGGGCCCUUGGGAUGGGCACAUCCUUUUUGUUAUUGACUUAUUAGUGUUAAAAUAUUAUGAUAAAUAAAAGGUACAUGUUCGG